AUGCCCGGAGAGGACCCUCAAAGACAUCUUCAAGACUUUGAGAUGACAUGUGGAACGGUGCGCACCGCAAGCCAAGCACUUGGUGAAUAUAUCCGACUCCUUACUUUUCCGUUCUCUUUGUUAGAGGGAGCGAGGGAGUGGUUGUAUGAUUUACCCGAAGGAAGCAUUCGAACCUGGCAGGAGCUACAGAGCAAGUUUUUGGAGCGAUACUUUCCAGCUGCCCGGAUCCAGAAUCUGAGGACUCGAAUAAGCAAUAUAAAGAUGGGAUCAACAGAAGUUCUAUAUGAGUAUUGGGGAAGGUUCAAGCAGAUGCUGGCCAAAUGCCCACAACACCAAAUACCGGAUCAUGAUCUUAUUAGAUAUUUCGUGGGAGGACUCCGGAGGCAAGAUAGGCAAUGGUUACAUGCUGCAUGUGGAGGAUCGAUCUUAAACAAAUCCGCAGCGGAGGCUUUCAAACUCAUAGCCGACAUGGCAGAGGAAUCGAGAGAUGAGGAAGGAACUAUAAUCAGGAACCCUCUGACGCCAGCCACAUCUGCCCAAGAUGAAAAGUUGUAUAAGCUGUGCAACAUGUUCGAGAAGUUUAUGACGAACCAAGGAGCAACCAAUCAGGGAAAUCCCAACAUUCGGAAGCCUGUGAAGGCAUGCCAACUCUGCAUGGCAACUUCACAUACAACCGAUGAAUGUCCACAACUUUUCGAAGAUGAAGAGCUUAAUGCCAUUGGACAACAGCCAGGAGGAAACAAUGGAGGGCAGAACCAGAAACCUUUUGAGCCCUACAGACAACAGUAUAACAAUCAAGGAUGGAGGCAACAUGAGAACCUUAGGUACGGCAACAACCACUAUUUGGGGCCAAACCAAGGCCAAACGAGUAACCCACCACAAUACUCGCAACAACCUCAACAAGCAAGAGGGUCUUCCUUAUCAGAGCUAGUGCAUCAAAUGGCUCAGCAACAAGUGAAGUUCCAGAGUGAGACCGAAAAAUUCAUAAUGGAGACAAGAGGAGGAAUGCAGAAUGUGAACUCCCAACUAUCACAUCUUGCCCAAGCAGUUGCCAGACUUGAAAGCAAACAAGGGACACUCCCGUCCCAAGUGGAGGUGAAGAAGGUGAAUGCCAUGACACUCAGAGGAGGAAAGGAACUACCCGAAGUGGUGACAGAGAAAAAACGAGAAAAAUCAGAGAUUAACGAGCAAGUCGGAAUGGGAUCAGCAGAUGAGGAAGAAUUUGCCAGAGAGAAAGAGGCAAAGCUGAAGGCGAUUGGGAAGGGAAAAAAGAAAUCAAGCCAGACCGAACCCAUACUUCCUUUUCUAGGUAGAGCAGCCAAGGAACAAGAAAAAGAAGAAUUAACCGAGCUGGUCAAAAUCUUCAAGAAGGAAAGUCAAAUACACUGA